AUGUCGGACGCUGCUCGACGACCUCUUCCUCCUCCUCGACCAUACGGCGUUCGACCUUCUGUAGCAAGACCAGUCUACGGAGCUCGGCCAGUAGUAGCACCCGGAGCGGGCCUUGGUGCAGCUGGUCUUAGUGGCGCCCUUGGAGCCAUUGGUGGUACACUUGGUUGUUUACUUUGCUUAGCAGCUAUUGGUGCAUUAGGCUUAUUCUCAUGUGUAGUAGCCAUCACAGCCUAUACUAAACAAUUUCUUGAUAAAUACAAGCAAGUAGAAGGAGUCAAUGGUGCACUCGCACAAGCCCAAAUUGGUGUGGCUAUUCUAUUGAUCUCAUUGUUCUAUACAUUUGUCUCGCGCAUGCAACGCAACUAA